GAAAUAUUUAUCCAUGGAACCACAUUUAAUCUUUUAUAACAAUCACGCUUCUCUGUUACCCAGACCAAUGAAUCCAAAUGCAAUUGACAUUGGAGGAAUACAUCUGGAAGGUGUCAAACCUUUGCCAAAGGAAAUUGAAAAAUUCAUCGAUGAGGCAGAACAUGGUGUCAUUUUAUUCACACUUGGGUCAGUUGUUCGAGCUGCGACCUUAAGCCCCGAAAAUAAGAAGGCGUUUACAGAUGCGUUCGCAGAAAUACCGCAAAGAGUCAUAUGGAAGUUUGAAGACAAAAUUGAAAACAUAUCCAGCAACGUAAUGAUACUCGACUGGGUUCCUCAAAGAGAUAUCCUAGAACAUAAAAAUGUGAUAGCCUUCAUUACUCACUGCGGAAUGGGAGGCACGAAUGAAGCAGUUUACACCGCAACACCUGUGGUUGCCUGCCCCUUAUUUUGUGACCAAGUGAACAAUGCGGAAUUAUUGGAGAAUCUUGAUGUAGCCGUUCAUUUAGAUAUUUAUGAUGUUACCAAACAAAACAUACUUAAUGCAUUGAAUGCAAUUAUUAAUGAUACCAGAUAUUACAAUAAUAUGCAAAAGUUAUCGAAACGGUUCAAGGACCGACCAAUGACACCGCAGCAAAGUGUCGUUUAUUGGACCGAAUACGUGAUUAGGAAUCAAGGCGCAUCUCAUUUGAGAAGUCCUGCAUGUCGGUUAUCCUGGUUCCAAUUUUCCAUGCUCGAUGUUGUAUUCAUUUGGGCGUCGAUUCUAGUCAUUUUCGUGUAUUCGUUGAUUAGUACUUUCAGAAUUAUAUCGUCUCGUUUUAAUACACAAUACAGAAUCUUCAGUGGAUUGGAAAAACCACAAAAUAAAAAACUCUAAAAUAUGCGAACAUUUUUUUAAAUGUACAUAUCAUUAGGUACUCAU